AAGAGAAAUAAAGAUGCCGCGGGACAAAAAAUAUAAACCGUAUCGUUUUACGACAAGUUAUUACCGGAAUGUAAAGAGAAAUCAAGAAAGUGAAAAUACGAAGAUACGUAUUCUGCAUACCAGUCAUAAUGUUGCAAGUACUGAAGAACAAAUAAUUAUGGAACCACAAGAUUUGGACAUCCACAUAAAUGAUCGCAAUCCGUUAACUCGUGAAGAAAUGUUUGAAAGUAAUCUUAUUCCUGAACUAGAUGAGUUUGACAGAAACGAAGAAAAAAUAUUGAAAGACAAAGUAACAUUGUUAACCGACCUUCAACAUUGGGCAAUGUCACACAAAUUAACAUUGGCUUCAAUUACGGGUUUAUUAAAAAUAUUGAGAAGUCAUGGCAUGACGGAACUGCCAAAAGAUGGCAGAGCGCUUUUAAAAACUCCUAGUAUAACAAAGAUUACAGAGAUGGGUGGAGGCAAAUUUUGGUAUAAUGGGAUCAGAAACAAUUUAUUAUCAGCGCUUUCAAACUGUGAUAUUCAACAACAAAGAACAAUUAAAUUACUUUUUAACAUUGAUGGAAUGUCACCGUUCAAUAGUUCACUGUAUCAAUUUUGGCCCAUUUCAUUCAUCGUUGAAGAUAUGCCUCAGCUGCAAGUGAUGGUUGCAGCAGUCUAUUACGGUGAAAGCAAACCUCCACUUCAGUUAUAUUUGAAGCAGUUUGUACAUGAAUUGAACGAAAUUCUUAGAGAUGGAUUAAUCAUAAAUAUGCAGAAAAUAACUGUCGGCGUAAAAUGCUUUGUUUGUGAUACACAAGCCAGAAGUUAUAUUAAAGGAACUCCUGCUUGUAAUGCCGAAAAUGGAAGUUGCAUUAAAUGUACAGUUGUCGGUACAUGGGAUAAGAAGGGAAGGCACAUGAGCUACCCAAGAUUUGAUUGCCCUCGAAGGACUGAUGAAAGCUUUCGAAACAAAAUGGACGAAGAUCAUCACAAGGAAAAUACACCUUUGAUAGAUUUACCAAUUGAUAUGGUGGAAGACUUUGUAGUCGCAGAUUCCCUUCAUCUAUUUGAUUUAGGUAUCAUGCGCAGGUGUUUAUAUGGAUGGCGCGAGGGAAGUUAUAAUUUCCGUACGAAAUUGUCGAAGACUCAAGCCGAUGAAAUGUCACAGAUGUUAAAAACCUGUAACGAUACGAAACCGAUGGAUUUCCAACGAUCUAUACGUACUCUGAAUUGCCUUAAAUUUUGGAAAGGUUCGGAAUAUCGAGUUUUUUUAUUGUAUCUUGGUCCCGUAAUCUUAAAAGAUUUUUUAUCACCAGAAAUCUAUGAACACUUUCUACAUCUUAAUACCGCGGUUACAAUACUUUCAUGCAAAUACUAUUCUCAAUAUUUAGAUAUUGCUGAAACAUUAUUAAAUUGCUAUCUUGAGGAAUUUAUAGACAUUUAUGGAAUCGAUUCAAUAAGCAGCAAUGUUCAUAACAUUUGUCAUGUCGUAGAUGAUGUUAGAAAGUUUGGUUCUCUACCUGAAAUCAGUUCGUAUCCAUUCGAAAAUCAUCUUGGACACAUAAAAACGUUGAUUCGUAGUGGCAAUUUGCCACUAAGUCAAAUAAGCCGAAGAAUUCUUGAAUUAUCAGCAUUGAAUCAUUCAAAGAGUACAGGAAAUAGUUGUAUAUAUGUCGAAAAUGAAAUUUUUAAUCAAGUUCAUGACAUUCCAACGUGUAGAAAUGCUUACAAGCGGUUACAUUUAACAGAUAAUUUUAUUUUGAGUAGUGAUAAUAAAAACAGAUACUUCUUGACAAAUAAUGGACAGGUUGUAUCGAUGAUAAAUGCAACUUAUGUCGAAGAUAAAAUCUACGUUUACGGUGCUAAUCUUAAAAGUAAAUAUAACUUUUUUGUGAAACCUUUUGCAUCAUCUCGACUCAAUAUUUUUGCUUCAAAAGGAAUAAUCGAUAAAAAUUCAGAAGGACAUGCAAUAUACAUAUGCGAUUUCAGUAACCCGAUCUUGUAUUCAUUAAGCGACAUAAAAUGUAAAUUAUUUUGUCUUCCAUAUCAUAAUGAAUUUAUUUUCAUUCCAUUGCUUCAUACAUUAGAUAUUAAACACAAAUUGUAACGAUGACUGUUUUAA